AUUCAAGAGUUGUUGUCCCUUUGAGUGUGUGGUGGGUGAAUUUUGUAAUUCACUUAUUAUAUCAUGCAUGUAAUAAUGUAAGGAAAGUGACAAGUAAUUAUUUUCUUUCUCAAAAAAAAAGACUAGUAAUUACAUUCGUAGCGUAUUUUAAACAGAUAAUCAGCCAAAUUAAACACAUAAUGAAAUAAUAACAAGUAUCUAAUAAGACCCGUAGCCCGGUCGUUCCACCAUGUGUUUUAGUAGACUUGUUUAUAAUAAUCAUCUUGUUUAGUCACCUAGAUUCCGGACUUGUUUAUGUUUAGAGUGCUCUUUAAUUUCACUUACAUAGGCGUCCUGGUUAGAGAAUCAGAUUAAAAUACUAAACGCCUUUGAUCCUACCGAUUGUAUAUAAGAUGCAACCUUAUGGUCACGUUUAACACAUUGGCACGAGCGUAUGCACGGAUCGGGUCAACAUGUACAGUUGAGGACAUGAUCAUACCAAGGAUGUGUUAUGAAUGGCUACACUCAAGAAGGCAAGAUGGAAGAAGCUUUGAGGUUGUGAAUCUGAUGGAAGAAUUAGAAUUCGGAGGAAAACCUGAUGUGGUUAUAUUGGAGACUUGCUUCCCAAGUUAUCUCCAAUAGCUUUUAUUUUAGAAUUCUAAUGAAUGCGUGGAGCUCUAUAGGAGAUAUAAAAAUAUGCGAAUCUAUAGGAGAUAUAAGCCUAGUAGGAUUGUUGCCUUCUCUCGAAUUCUCCAUGGAAAAGAACUCUAGCGAGAAAUCCGUCGCCAGACUUAAGGCGAAGGAAUUUAAGCUGUUCGAGAGUGAAGCUGCUAUGUACGCCUUCAUGAAGGAAACCAGCAAGCCCCGGGUUAGGAUUUCCGUUGAGGGAUACGACACUUCGCUUCCUGAGGAAGAUAUCAAGAAGGCGUUGAUUGAUCACUUCGCUUCGUGCGGAGAAGUCUUUAAUGUUACAUUCUCUGAAGGCCGUGUCGGACGUGCCUUUGUUAUUCUUCGCGGAGAUGGCGCAGAAGAGAAGGCGUUGCAACUUGAUGGAAGUGACGUGGGAGGAUGGAGUGCUCGUGUUAAGGUUACACCCGAAGAGACAUACUAUGACACAAGAUUUAGGUUUGGCAUUACGGUUAGGGGAUAUGACACUUCGGUUCCUGCAGAUGAGCUCAAAAGCACUUUGAUCAAACACUUCUCUUCUUGCGGAGAGAUCACACAUGUUUAUAUCAGCACUCUCGACGGCAAGGCUGAUAUUUAUUUUUCCCGAGAAGACGAAGAAGAAGAGGCGCUGAAACUUGAUGAAACUGAAGUGGGAGGAUGUAAAUUAGCUGUUUUUCCCGUAGCAACAGCAGCGAGAUGUGACCUGCCACGUGACUCUGAUCAUCUUUGACUCUAUUUUAUCCCAGUAUAUGUAGCUCAUUGUAUUGAGAUGUUUCGCCAGAACGCGGAGAAGAUCAUCGCUUUUAAGAAGCAGAGAGGGUUGCUGUAAAUAUCUCUGCCCAAGCUCUUUGGAAUGUGUUUUAAAUCGUGUGAUAUAUAUACUAUGCAUGUCUCUCUGAGUGUUAAAUAAAGCUCAAUAUGUAUGAGCCGUGGAUGAUUAUAAUGUCUUUUUUAAAUCGUGUGCCCUUCGUCUUUUUUUUGUGUUCAAACAAUGCUCAAUAUGUAUAUGAGCCGUGGAUGAUUAAAAGUGUGUUUUUAAAUCGUGUGAUAUACUAUGCAAAUGCAACAACCUUUGUCUUCCUAUUACUUAUGGUUUGAUUUUGUGAUACAAUGCAACCUUUUUUUUUU